AGCCUCGAAAAAGUUCAUCGCGCAGCGUUGGUAGAACUGCAUUACUUGUCGUCUGCUGUCGGUUGCGUCAAGAUGGCGGCCAAACAAUGCAGACGACGUUAAAGAACCUCCGCCAAUCUCAUUAUCCUUAGAUGUUCCAUGAAGAAUGAGUUCCAAGUCCACGUCAGAAGAAUCAAUCUGUGACAACGAUUCAGAAUGUUCAGAAGAAGGUGUCGACCCACGCGUCCAGGUGGAGUUAGAGAAGCUGAACUCUGCUACUAAUGAAAUUAAUAGACUUGAAGUUGAUUUAGAUGAUGCUAGAUCUAAGUUUAGGCAACUGCUAUGUGAAACAACCCUGCAGGUUGAUUCACUUGGCAAAAAGCUUGGUUCCUGUGUAGAGCGUGCCAGACCAUAUUAUGAUGCUAGGAUGAAAGCUAAAGAGACUUUGCUUGAGACUCAAAAAGCAGCAGUACGUUUUGAGAGAGCUAACUCUGCUCACACAGCUGCUAAAGAAAUGGUUUUUCUUGCUGAGGAGGGACUAAAAACGGAAGGACGUACAUUUGAUCACGCUUGGCAAGAAAUGCUGAACCAUGCUACUAUGCGGGUGAAUGAAACCGAGAUGGAGCGCACAACUACAGAAGUAGAGCAUCGUAAAACCUCACAGAUUUCUCAGGAUGCAGAGCGCAAAGUUCAACAACUUCAGAAAGAUCUUAAGAGAUCAAUAGCUAAAUCAAGCCUGAGUGCACGCCGCAAUCUUCUGACGAUAAACAAUAUAGUAUAUCAGCAUCGCUUAUUGUUGUUGCCAUAUUUUGAAUUGAAGUCUCAGUACAAUCAUCAAAUGGAAGAACAGAAGCAGAGAGUUAAAAAGUUAGAAAGCCAAGUGGCCCAAGCUAAAGCAAGCUAUGCUGAAGCAUUACGCAAUCUGGAACAAAUUAGUGAUGAAAUACACAAGAUUCGAAACCAUGAGAUGUUUGGGUUCACUGAUCCACUGGGUGUAAGGGGCCUUGGAGUUGGGGCAGAGUCACCACUUCAGCCCAAAAAUAUUCGAGCUCCAGGAAAGGCAAACCAGCCUCCUAAAAGAAAGAAAACUGUCAAGCAGCCAAUAGUUAGUUCCAAACAGAGCAAAGAUUCUUGGCUUGAUUCAGAUUCUGGCGACGAAUAUCUUACAAUUCCUAGUAGGCUGGGACCUGCAGCCAGCCCUGUCAUGCCCCAGAGAAAUAAAGAUUCAAAUGAUUUGUCUCAGUUCAUGGGCUUGUCAAGUUUAUCUGGUGAUAAUGAAUCUAGAAUGCAAGCAGUUGCCAAACUGGAAGAAGAGGUCCUUAAAGAUGCCAAAACGAUGCGUUUACCAGCUGAAAGGAGACCAAGCUUAGCAACAUCCACUCCCAGCUGUAAUUCUACACCAAAGAAAACACCAAAAAAUCCAUUUCUUCCUCUCACAAAUCCAUUCCAGCCGCAGAAUAAUCCAAGCAAUCUUCUGAAUGGAAGUAGUUCUGAUUUUAAUCAUACAUGGACUGCAAUAAAUCUGGGAGAAUCCUCCUCAGACAACUCCCCUUCCCCUGCUAAAACGUCUCCUAAUGGUGAUAGCCAAGGGCAAACAAACAGCACAAACAAUAUCCCAUACCGCCCACUUCUCAAUCAACCAGUGGAUGAAAAAACUGGUAGCUGUCACAUUAUCACUCCCCUGACAGAUGAAAAAGCUAACUGUGAUGAUUGGCUGAGGAAAACAUCGGAUAAUGCUGUUCCUGAUGGAGGAGAAGAAGUAUGGACUGAAGUGAGCUUGAAUGACGAUCCAGAAACUCCAACAACAUCAAGCCUAUUCAAAAAAGUUUCAUUCUUUAACACCAAUUUUAGCUGUGGCAGGCCAAGAAACUCUUCCACUGAUGAAGAUCGUCAAAGUUCUGUGGAAUUAAAUACUCCCCCUCAGUCAGCCAGAGGAUCAGUGAGUUUACAAGGCACUCCUCUGAAGCAACGAAUGAAAAUAGAUACAGGUCUUGUGAACUGGAUAUCUAGAUCAUCUGCUGCAGGCGAAGAUCAGAUAGUGACAUCAGCUUCUAGACGUCCUCCUGUUGGGUCAAGAAGACAAAGUCUGGAUACCCUGUUGUGGAAUCCCACCUCAGAGCGAGUUAAGGACAUUUUGAAUCAAGGUAUUAUGAUGCUGAAUAUGUCAUCACUCACAGAAAGGAGGUCAAGUGAGCCAAGAGCAGAAAAGCCUUCUAAUUUGUCUGCGGGAACACUGAACCCAAUGUCAGGCAUGGAACAGUCAACUCUAACAACAAGGCCUUUGAAAAAGAUUCCCUCUCCCUUAGAAAAAUCUCUGACAUAUUUAAAUGCUGAGGAUGACUCUGCGUCUGAUACAGAUAGUUUACACAGCAUGGAUAUGAUGACAGACGAUCAGAUUUCCUCUUUUAUGCACGAGCCAAACCUUCGAGAAGUUUGUCAAGAUGUACUGGGUACACCAAUUUCGGAGGUUCUACCUGGUUACCCAGCAACCCAUGCCUGAAAUAUCGCUACACAUAAUACUAUUGCAUCUCCGAUUUAGUAAGGUGAAUUACAUACAUUUAAAAAAGGAUACUUGAUUCCCUACCACUGUUCCCUCUACAUAUAUAAUAUAUAGUUACUGAUAAAUUUGUUAGUAGAAGUUUCACAUCAGCUUUUUUAAGGUUUAAGGGCAGAAUAAUGUUGAAUAAUUUUGAAAGCCUCCCAAAGCUAUUGAUUUUUGCUGUAUGUUUGUAUCAGUUAGCUAACAGAUAACGGGUCAUUUUGUAUGUUUGGGUUUUCUAUUAAAGUAUACAUGAAGUACAACUUAAGGAGAAACUACCUGGAUAAUACUUAAUGUCUGCUUUUGAUAUCCUGCAUGUGUAAUGAAAGAGUAUACCAGUUAUCCUAGCUUUGUCCAUAUCACUCCGAAAACUAUUCCAGAGAGUAGAUAUGUUUUGUGAUUUGAUAAUAAGUAAGAUAACCUUCUUGUAAUCUUCCUUAGCUGGAAACGAUAAUUGUGUCUUUAUCUUACCUUGUUUCCUCUCAUUCAAUCUCUAGUCAUAGAUUUCUCUUUUUUCUUAGAAGUGCUCUGCUCUAAUUCAUUAUUGGUAGGAAUUCUGUGGGGUGCUUAUUACUUUUUGUUAUUUGUUAAGCUUGGCAUUUGUUUCCGUCAUGUAAUUAUUUAUACACCCUGAGUUCUCAUUUAGUUAGACAAAUGUCCUGUCUUGAAUUUGUGUACUGUCUUGAAAAGUCAGAAUUUACUCUUUUUAAUUGAGUAAGUUUGGUCCGAGUUUGUGUAGACAAAUGACCUUUGACUAUAGGGUAAGUGAAGUCUGGCAGUUGUUGAAAACAGCAUUUUAUAUAAUAAUGAUCAUUUAUGAAGUCAGUUUGUUUGGUAUGAAAGACUGCCGAUUACACUCUUGUGUGCCUAUUACAGUAUCUAUAACAUAAAAGGUAAACAACUUUGACCAUAGAGGGUCAUUUGGAAAAGUAUUGGUUGGACUUUUGGAAAGUUCUCGGCCCGAUUUGAUAUUAGCAAUUUAAUUAGUUAAUUUUAUUAAAAUUUAGCUGUAUGAGUCUUUUUGAUAUAGUCAAAUAUUUUUGUGUUUGUAUAGAAGUCCACGUGGAACUUGAGUCCCAAUUGCUAUAAAAGUUCUACAAUUUAAAAGACAUUGAAUGCUGCUCUUCAAGACCUAGCACUGUUGCUAGUAUUUGCGGACAUCAUUUUGUGUUUCAAAUAUGCUGCUGUGAUAAUGUUUUACCAAGUAUGCAAUAUGUGUUAACAAUAAGUAUGGGAAAUUUCUUUUUCCAUUUUUGACAAACUUUUUGUCUGUGAAUGUUAGAAACAUAUCUAUUCCAAAAGAUUGAUAAUUUUAUUACAUGCUUUUUCCCUUCAGUUUUAUUGAAUUGGCUGGAUCUGUACAAUUAUUUUAUCUUCUUUUUAAAGAGCACUUGUGUCUUUUUAAAAGAUGAUGUAUGCAAUUAUCUAAUCUAUAGAUUUUAUGGUCACUUGUUAAUCCAUUUUCAAUAACUUUUCUAAAAAAAACAAAAACUUUUAGACGUUUUUAUUAUUUGAUUGCCUUUACAGCUAUUAUGUGAAAUGCUUGAUUUUACUUUGAAAGAUAGCACUGCAGGGUGGGUGUUCUAAGCCAUCCUGUUUUUCUGGUUAUACUAUUCUGGUUGAAGGCGGUCAGGCUAGUAGCGUUCUCGCACGGGGCGGUGAGGUGUCUAGGAGAAUGAUGAAAGGCAAGCCUGCACGCCUGCAUAUGAUACAGUAAGGAUAGGAAAAAAAGGACAGCCUGGCACACCAACCAUGUACGUAUUUGUUGAUUAAUUAAUGAAGUAUUUUUGGUGCUCUAAACAAACAUCUGCUUUAAGUAACCAGAACUGCUGGACGGGCCAAAGGCCCAUUUACAGAUUUCCCCUCCACCACUUCAUUUGUUAGAUUUUACAAAAACAAAUUUAGUUCUGGAGAGUUGUUGGAAAAUUUCAUAAACUGUUGUUCAAUGGUAAAUCUGUUGUUAUUAUUCUGCUGAAACGGUUUGUCUUGCCAUGAAGGGAUGUUGCCUUAAUUUAAAAGAGGUAUUUUCAGGCAUGCACAUCAGUUCAGAAAGACACAGUUGUAGCACUAAGUCGCAAGCAAGGUGCGUUGGAUUUUUUCCCCUCUAAAUUUUGUGUGCUUGAAGAGUCUAAGUGCAUACUCCAUAUUGCAGCACAUUCCAUGCACAAUUCUUACUGGCAGUAUUUUCCAGGUAUUCAAC